CUUAUUUGUGAACAUUUUGUAGAUUCAAGAUAACAAAUUAAUCAUCAUGCCUGAAGAGGAGGAUACAUUUGGCCUUUCAGGACCUGUGCACUUGACAACAGUUGAUUGGACGAACCCCAAUCACCAAAGGUCUGUUGCAGCAAGUUUGGUGAAGGGCGUAUACGUAUGGCAACGAGAUUUCAAGAGAAUACGAAAAGGGGGCCGAGCUCUUGCUCCUCCUUGGUGGGAAGCAUUCCAUUUUCAGCUGCAUAAGCUCCUUAUCGACAAAGACGAUUCCUCGGUGUUUGGUGCCAUAUACCAACUCACCUCUGUCCCAUCAGCCGAUCAAGCCCCACGCUAUGUCAUUGCAUUUCGAGGCACCAUCCCGAAAUGGGACACAUUUAAACGAGACCUUAAACUGAACAUCCGCAUCAUCACAAACCGGCUUGACCAUACACCUCGUGCAGAAGCAGCGUUACAAGCCGUACGAGAUGUAGUUGCGACAUACGGUAGUUCCAACGUCUGGUUAGCAGGUCAUUCCCAAGGUGCCGCAAUGGGAAUGCUUGCCGGGAAGCACAUGGCAAAGACUGGUGUUUUUCUUGAGGCCUUCUUGUUUAAUCCGCCGUUCGUUUCACCCCCAAUAGGGAGAGUAAAGGGGCACGGGAUUCGACUUUUACGCAGUGUGAUAACUGCAGGGCUUCUCAAAAUGAAGCAUCAUCAACCAGGAAGUAGUUUUCCUGCCUUGUCUGCAUGGCAGCCGCGCCUAUUUGUGAAUAGAGCUGACUUCAUCUGCGCAGAGUAUAUUGGCUACUUUGAACACAGAGAAUGGAUGGAGAAGAUCGGAGCAGGAGAGAUCGAGAGGCUGGCCUCGCAACGCUCAGUCGGAGGACUUGUGGUGCAUGCAAUAGCUUCAAAAAUGGGCAAGCC